AUGGCGGAGAAGUUUGAGUCGUUGAUGAACAUCCAUGGGUUUGACCUGGGCUCACGUUACAUGGACUUGAAGCCGCUGGGAUAUGGGGGAAACGGUCUGGUCUUCUCUGCGGUAGACACAGACUGCGACAAGCGUGUGGCCGUUAAGAAAAUCAUCCUGACAGACCCACAAAGCGUCAAACACGCCCUGAGAGAGAUCAAGAUCAUCCGGCGGCUGGACCACGACAAUAUUGUCAAGGUGUUUGAGACUCUGGGCCCGAGCGGCCGUAGGCUCACGGAGGACGUGGUGUCUCUGACGGAGGUGAACUCAGUCUACAUUGUGCAGGACCACAUGGAGACCGACCUAUGCCAACUGCUGGAGCGGGGCCUGCUGUCGGAGGACCACGCCCGCCUCUUCAUGUACCAGCUCCUGCGAGGCCUCAAGUACAUCCACUCCGCCAACGUGUUGCACCGCGACCUGAAGCCUGCCAACCUUUUCGUCAACACUGAAGACCUGGUGCUGAAGAUCGGGGACUUUGGGCUGGCGCGCAUCAUGGACCCUCACUAUUCUCACAAGGGGCAUCUGUCUGAAGGUUUGGUCACAAAGUGGUACCGAUCGCCUCGCCUCCUCCUGUCGCCCAACAACUACACCAAAGCCAUCGACAUGUGGGCGGCCGGCUGCAUCUUCGCCGAGAUGCUCACGGGGAAAACGCUCUUUGCAGGGGCCCAUGAGCUGGAGCAGAUGCAGCUGAUCCUGGAGUCCAUCCCAGUGCUGAGAGAAGAGGACAGACAGGAGCUGCACACGGUGAUCCCAGUGUUCAUCCGCAACGACAUGUCCACGCCACACAUGCCUCUGAAGACUCUGCUGCCGGAAGUCAGCCCACAAGCGCUGGAUUUCCUGGAGAAGAUCUUGACCUUUAAUCCCAUGGACCGUCUGACGGCGGAGGAGGCGCUGGCCCACCCGUACAUGUCCGACUACUCUUUCCCGCUGGACGAGCCCAUCUCCCUGCACCCCUUCCACAUCGAGGACGAGGUGGACGACAUCCUGCUCAUGGACCAGAGCCACAGCCACACGUGGGACAGCAGGUAUCACGACAGCCAGCUGUCUGAGGCCGACUGGAACCUGCGCAGCACCCAUGACCCUGAAGAGGUGCAGGUGGAUCCCAGAGCCAUGUCAGACGUCACGGACGAGGAGGAAGUCCAGGUGGACCCUCGUAAAUACGCAGACGGGGAGCGCGAGAAGUUCUUGGACGAGCCGUCCUUUGAUUAUUCCAUGUUCUCGGCGGAGCGCUCGUGGUCGGACGAGUACCAUGAGAACAAGUACUGUGACCAGCAGUGCGGCCACACCUGCAACUACAAGGCCGUGUCCCCGUCCUACCUGGACAACCUGGUGUGGCGGGACAGCGAGGUGAACCACUACUACGAGCCCAAACUCAUCAUGGACCUGUCCAACUGGAAAGAGCAGAGCAAAGAGAAGACCAAGUCCAAGACCAAGUGUGAGAAGAACGGCCUGGUGAAGAUGGCGUUGCAGCAGAAGAGCGUCUCGGAGAAAGACCGUGAGCAGGAGAAGCACCAGGCUCCACAAAACCAGGGCUUUGACUUCGACUCUUUCAUUGCCAGUACCAUCAAACUGAGCCUGCAGCCUGAGCCUUGUCCAGAGGUGGCGCUGCUGAGCCAGGUGGGCCUCCUGAACGAGCUCAACACAUCUGUGUUUCAGCUGGAGGCGCCUCGCUCCGGCUCCAUGUCAAAGUCCAUCAGUCAGGAGAAGGAGGAGAAGUGUCUGGUGAACCUGGCACAGCUCGGAGACUCGGUGUGGCCUGCGUUCGGCUGCGGAGAGACGGACGACCGCAAACCAGACGGCGGCUACACUAGUUACCUGGACCAGCUGUUCGGGCGGAAGGAGGAGUGUCCUGCAGAGACUGUGGCCUGUCCCGGGGCAGAGCUGCAGAGCUGUGGGACAGAGAUCGUCCUGAACGUGCAGCUGGACUCUUUCUCCGAAGACCUGCCGCUCAAGUCCAUCCAGGCCUCGCUGUCGCCCUGCGCCCUCAAGUGCUCGCCCCAGAUCGCCCACAAAACCUACAGCAGCAUCUUCAAACACCUGAACUGA